GGAUAUCCCAAGCGACCCACUUCUCUUCCUACUACGAUGCCCGCCCCAACGUGCUCCUCCUGCCAGGCAGCCCGCGCUGCCCUCCGCCGCCCGCGCUCGGGGCAGGCGCUAUGCGGCUCCUGCUUCUGUGCAGCCUUUGAGGCCGAAGUGCUGCACACCGUGCUGGCAGGUAGUCUGCUGCCCCCGGGCGCCGUGGUGGCUGUGGGCGCUUCGGGCGGCAAGGACUCCACAGUACUGGCACACGUGCUGCGCGAGCUUGCGCCACGCCUGGGCAUCACGCUACACCUGGUGGCCGUGGACGAGGGCAUCGGCGGCUACCGCGAUGCAGCGCUGGAGGCCGUGAGCAGCCAGGCAGCGCGCUGGGAGCUGCCGCUCACGGUUGUGGCCUAUGCAGACCUGUUCGGGGGCUGGACGAUGGAUGCCGUGGCCCGCAGCACUGCCGGCUCUGGCCGAAGCCGCUCCUGCUGCACCUUCUGCGGGGUGCUGCGGCGGCGCGCACUGGAGGAGGGCGCGCGCCUCGUGGGAGCUACACACAUCGUGACAGGUCACAAUGCCGACGACAUGGCGGAGACAGUGCUCAUGAAUUUCCUACGCGGUGAUGCGGGGCGGCUGGCGCGGGGCGGAGUGCUGGGCUCAGCUGGAGAGGGGUGCGCUCUCCCGCGGUGCCGGCCGCUGCAGUUCGCUUCGCAGAAGGAGGUGGUGCUGUACGCGCACUUCCGCCGCCUGCGCUACUUCUCGGAGGAGUGUGUGUAUGCGCCCGAGGCUUUCCGGGGUCACGCUCGCGACCUGCUCAAGCGCCUGGAGGCGGUGCGGCCAUCCGCAGUGCUGGACCUCGUGCACUCAGCGGAGCGCCUGGCUCUUGCCCCGACGGCUCGGCCCCCUCCUCCAGGCACCUGUUCCCGCUGCGGGGCGCUAGCCAGCCAUACCCUCUGCCAGGCCUGUGCACUCCUGGAUGGCCUCAACCGAGGCCUGCCACGCCUGGCCAUCGGCAAGGGCCGCCGCGUGUUGCAAGCCAAGCGGCCACUGCCCGUGAACCCGAGUCAGGCCACCAGUGACCCCCUGGCCCCACGGGGACCCUGUACCUGUGAGCAAUCCAAAGAUGGAGCCACCCUUUGCGGGGAUGGAGGGGACCCAGCAGGAGCCACCUGUGUCCUGCAAAGUGACCUUAGCCCCACGGAGUGACCUCAGCACUGCACUCUACAUUGCCCUGUGCACUGGGAAGUGAGUGUACUCUGCAGUGGCCUGUGCCUGUGAAAUGACUGCCCUGCAAUGCCCUGUCCUUCCAGAGCUACCCAUGACUGCCCCGUGGAGGGGCUGUACCCUGCCUUAACCUAUCCAGUCUGUCAUUUCUUCCUGUGAAAAUAGAACUGGCUUGCCUUCACCCCAUCACAUCUCUGCAGAGAGGAGACUCCCUCCAGGGAUCAAAGUAGUUGGCCAACCAUGUCCAGCUUGGCUCUGCAUAGUAAGGACUGGCCACCAGGGGGCUCCAGACUUCAGGGUGCUGCCCUGCCAUAUAGGAAAUUGAGAGGCUGAGAAGAGACUUGGGGAUGUCAGUCCCACCUCCAGGGGUGACCUGGCUCCUCAAGAGCUAACUGUCUCCUGUGGUAGAGUACUAGAAGCCUUCCCUGAUCCUUCCCUAACCUUGGGCAGAGAGUGCUUCUUAGCCUCUGGUCCUGUCCUUAUGGAAGUAACCUGUUGACUUCUUAACUUAAUAGGUACCCAUUUUCCUAAUUAAGUUAGGUCUGAAAGGCCGAGUGGAUGCCCUGCCUCCUUCAGGUGCCCUUGGGGCUAUUAAACACCAUGCCAAUUAUUCAUUCAGCAAAUAUUGGGCAUUCCUUUGUCUGGUCCUCUAGGUGCCGGGAAGCUGCAAUGAGCAGAAGCAGGAGCCUCUCCUGCCAGGCAUUUACAGCCUGGGAGGAAAGGACAGCAUGCAAAUAAAUAUCAGGUGGUUGUGACUGUC